AUUCCACGUGGCGUCGCAGCGGCUUUACAACGGACACCACGUACGUACCGGUAUUAAUUUAAGUCUUAAACUUCAUUUACUGUGCUGACAUUUGAGUUUUUGGGAAGCAAUAUGGCGGAAUUCGUUCAUCAAAAUAUCGAAGAAACACUAGCGGAGUUAGAGCAGCUUGAACGCGUUGGACUCUUUACAAAAGCUGAAAUUAAAGCAAUCGUGAAGAAGAGGACUGCUCAUGAAUACCGUCUAGGAAGACUGAAGAAAAGGAAAGAGGAUUUCCUGAGAUACAUACAGUAUGAAAUCAACAUCUUGGCACUGAUCAAGAAACGAAGAGAGAGGAACAACUACUUUCACAAGAGGGAAGAAAUAGAGAAUGCCAUCAUCACGCGCAUCCAUCGUUUUUUUAGGAGAGCAUGCACCAAAUUUCCAGAAGACCUCAAGGUGUGGAUGUCCCAUCUACAAUUCUGCAAGAAAUGGGGCCGAUAUUUGGAGAUGAAUAGACUGUACACCAGAAUGUUGAAGAUUCACUCUAAUAAUCCAGGUCUGUGGAUCAUGGCUGCCAAGUUCCAGCUGGAAGAGAACAAUUCUGGAGAAAAUGCUCGAGCGCUCUUCCUCCGCUCUCUCCGACAUCAUCCAAAGGUUCAGAAACUCUGGACAGAGUAUUUCAGAAUGGAACUCCUUCAUGCUGACAAGCUGAGGAAAAGAAUGUCUCUACUGAAACAAACCAUGAUUGAACCAGAGGAGUCAGAACUGGAGGACGCCCUCAUGAGGGGAGAAUUGGCCAGGCGUGUAUAUAGCACCGCCAUCAAGGAAAUUCCAGAUGAUAUUGGAUUUAGACUUUCCUUCAUUCCUGUUGUGCGAUGUUUUGAUUUCACCUCAGAGUUAGAGGACGCCGUCUAUGAAGACCUUCAACAGGAUCACCCAGAUAAUGAUCUUACUUGGAAAGCUCUGGCUAAGAGGCAUCUAAUAGAUUCAGGUACUGAAGAUGAUAUAUGGUUGUCUGAGAUUCACUGCCAUAGCAUCUUUGACCAAGGAGUUGAGAAGGUCUCUGGUAUUGAGAUAUGGUCUCACUAUGCCGAUACCUGCCUAGAGCGACUUGACCUCGAUGGUUCAGAUGAACUCCAUAACAAGAGGGCUGAGAAGUCUUUGGCGGUGUUUGAAUCUGCAGAGAAGACGAGUAGUCCUACGGAAGACAUGUACAUGAAAUGGGUGGAGACAUUGAAGGUGUUAGGGUUACUGGAAAGGGCUCUGGAGGUCAGCGUAAGGUCCACUGAAGUUCAUUCAAGGUCACUUGACCUGUGGAUCAAGAGGUUGAUCUUAGUCAUAGAAACGAGAGUGGAAGGUGGAGAUGAGAGUCAUAGGACAAAGGUCAGAGAAACAUUUGACCUUGCUAUCUCUCAUGUCAAAUCGAAGAAUUCUCUGGACAUUUGGAACAUUGGUUUGGAAUGGUGCUUGACAAAUGACACUGAAAUGAUACAGAAUCUCUUUGAGUCUGGAUUGAAGGAGCAUCGAGCUAUUGCACUGCCUUUGAAGAUCCGCUAUCUUGAAUGGACAGCUCUCGUCAAAGGAGUGGGUAAAGCAAGGAAGCUUUAUAAGAGGAUGGCCACAGAGAAGCCCCUUAGUGAAGAAUUCUUCAAUAAAUACAUUGCACUGGAGGAAGCACAGCCCACCCCGAAAGCAAAGAGGAUCUCGGAGGCUUAUGACGACGCUCUAAAGGAAUUCGGAGAAUCUUCGCCAGGUCUAUGGUUGGCUUACAUCCGCCAUGAAAUCACCCAUCCAGAGGGAAGUCAAGGCAAGGCCAUGCAACUGCAUUGGAAGGCUAUGAAGACACUUGAUGGGGAGCUGGUUGAACAGUUUGUCAAUGGCUACACACUCAUGCAGACAAAGGAUAGUGGGGAGUGAAGACGAUGAGAAAGAGGAUUCGAGUUUUGCUGCAUUAAAGUUAUCAGAAAAUUGUGAAGAUACCGGACAGAGGAGCUGGUUGACCAGUUCGUCGGUGGCUACACACUCAUGCAGACAAAGGAUAGCGGGGAGUGAAGCCAUGAAGACAAUGAGAAAGAGGAUUCGAGUUUUGCUGCAUUAAAGUUAUCAGAAAAUUGUGAAGAUACUGGAAAGAGAAGCUGGUCAAAGAGUAUGUCAGUGGCUAGGAUAGUGGGGAACCUGUCAAGUACUAAGAAGGAAGGCAGGGUUUUGCAGCAGCAGCAGCUACGUGGUGUAUAUUGAGUUUAUCAGGAAACGGAAGAUACUAUAUGGAGAGCUGGCAAAAUGGUUCGUCGGUGGCUAUAUGCUUAUGCCGAUUAUAGAUGUUUGGGACUGCACUCAUCGGGUUUAUAUUGCCACAGCUACGAUGGAGUACAUUAAAAUUGUAAGAAAUCUGUGAAGAUACUAGACAGAGAGCCUGUUGAACAGUUCGUCAGUGGCUACACACUAAUGUAGACCAUGGAUAGCUGGGAGUGAAGCCAUAGACAAUGAGAAAGAGGGUGGGAGUUUUGCUGCAUUAAAGUUAUCAGAAAACUUUAAAGAUACUAGACAAAGAGCUGUUAGAACAGUUUGUCAGUGGCUACACACUAAUGUAGACCAUAGAUAGGAUAUUGGCUACUGAACCUAUAAUGCUAUAAGAAGCAUUGGUUUGCCACAGCCUCGGUAGAGCACUUUAAUAUAUGGUAGAAAAUACUCUGUCAACUCCAACUUCAAUUUAAGUAACAUUCUAUUCCAGAGCUUCCAAAUAAUACUGAUUUCUAAAGUUUUAAGUUUUAUUUGUUGUCCUUUGGUAUUUCUGUGAAGAUAUUGAUUUCCUUACCAAAAUACCGAUUUUCAGCUUAUAAAAUACUGUUAUCUUCAUGUUGGCAGUUCUGCAGUCCUUGUAUAGUGCAUA